UGUCCUGGAUAUGUAUCGGUCAUUGGUGCCGUGUGCAUCCAGUGUUUAAAUACAUUGGAUGAAACAAUAGCUGUAAUCACAAACACAAGUGUUCCUAUCUGGCAAGGGAACCAUGUGGAAGAUAACAGUGCUGUGCGCGAUCGUGAGCUUGGCGGCAGCCCAGAAAGCUCUUUACAACAACUACAAGGUCUUCAGGAUAACCCCGAUUACAGAGAAACAAGUCGAAAUUCUACACGAAUUAGAGAACAUUAAUGAUGGAUUUUCUUUCUGGGAUUCACCAAGUAUGGUGAAUAAACAAGCGGACUUAAUGGUCGCCCCACACAAGUUGCCCGAAUUUUAUGAGAAGAUCGCCAAGAUUGGUAUACCCUACCAGCUCUACAUUAAUGACGUUCAAGAGUUGAUUGACGAUACUACUCCUCAGAAACGGUCAAAAACGUUCGAUUUCACCAGUUAUCACACUCUCGAGGAGAUCUACAAGAACUUAGACGACUUGGCCAAACAAUAUCCCGACAAGAUAAAGGUCGUCGUAGCCGGUAAAUCGUACGAAGGCCGUGAGAUCAAAGGUGUCAAGGUUUCCUUUAAAGAUAACAAUCCUGGAAUCUUCAUCGAGGGCGGCAUUCACGCCAGGGAAUGGAUCUCACCUGCGACCGUCAUGUACAUUUUGCACGAAUUGCUGACCAGCAACAAUCCAGAUGUCAGGGAUCUAGCUGAAAGUCAUGAUUGGUACAUUUUCCCGUCGUUCAAUCCUGACGGUUAUGUGUACACACAUACUACGAACCGACUUUGGCGAAAGACACGUAAACCAUACGGUCUCCUUUGCUAUGGCAGUGAUCCCAACAGGAACUGGGGUUACAGAUGGAAUACCGGAGGUGCCAGCAGCAAUCCAUGUUCUGAAACUUAUGCCGGAAGUGCGCCAUUCUCCGACAUAGAGACGAAGAGCGUGGCCGAAUACAUUAAGAGCAUUGCUGACAAAUUUUAUGCCUACAUAUCAUUCCACAGCUAUUCGCAACUAUUGCUGUUUCCAUACGGACACACAAGAGAUCACCUCGAAAACCACGACGAAUUGUAUGCUAUCGGAACAAAAGCGAUUAACGCUCUCAAACAGAAAUAUGGAACUUCAUAUGUAACAGGAAAUAUUGCUGAGACAAUCUACGUAGCUACCGGCAGCACUGUAGAUUACAUCAAAGGCACUUAUGGUAAACACAUCGCCUACACUUACGAGUUGCGUGAUACAGGUCGUUAUGGCUUUUUAUUGCCACCUAAACAGAUUAUUCCAACUGGAGAAGAGACUCUGGACUCUCUCGUAGCAAUGUUUAAAGAGGCAAAGGCACGUGGGCAUCCCAAAAAUGUUUGAAGCUAAUUUAAUUUAUUGUAAAUACUAUAUCAAGAUAUGUACAAUACGUUUUUAUUUAACAAAUUGCUUAUGUUAAUUGCUUACUCAUUCUAUGUAAUCUAAUAUACGUAUAAUAGUAAUAAUAAUAAUAAAUUUUGAUAUUUAUUAUUUAUGUUACUAUUCAACGUAACAUGAUUCUUUCUAGUAAAAAUAAACGAUUUGUUGAAUUUA